AUGGAGUCCAGUCGGGACAACGACGAUCAACCUCCCAAGCUGAAGACUAGAGGUGCCCAUACACUACUUGCAAAACACCUUAAUGGCAAACAGCAGGAAUGGGAUGCCAUAGCCUCUCAAAAGGACCCCCUACGUCUCCUCGAUCUUCCCGUCGACAUCUUACAGACCAUUCUUAGAGAACUUACACAUACGAAUGAUCUCACAUCUCUAGCCCUCACACAUUCCGCCCUCCACGCUCUUGUCAUACCUCACAUCUACUCGAGGUUCGAUAUUGUGUGGCCAGACGCGAAUGCCACCUUCGAAAACCGCAUGGGUGUAGACGCCCUUACAUAUGGCCUGGCAACUUUGGUUAUGGCCCAGGAUGUCUUCGGCGAAUCUCCAUACCAACAACUCUCUCAACACACCUGUGACCACUGUGGCCAACUCAGCCAACCAUCCGUACCACCCUCCAGCAACCCCCACAAGACUCGCCGUGGAAAUUACUUUGCUCAGUAUACUCGAAAGUUUAGCCUCGGUAAUGGCCCUGCAGAUUGGGUUCAGGAAUAUCUCAUCACCAAAGAAGGCGGGAAGAUGCUUGGCACUCUUGUUGCCCUGGCUGUGGGGAGGAUGCGGAACUUGGAAGCUUUUAUCUGGGACAUGCCAACUGGCGUUCUUCGAGAUGUCUGGCUUGCAUUAGCCUCCCUGGGAAACCGCGAUGAUGGCCAGGAAUGCCGUCUGGAGCGAGUUUGGGUUCGAUGGCACGAUAACCAAGACCAAGGUCCUUUGGCUUCACCCCCACCCCCUGGCGCUGGCGCUGGCCCUGGUCCACAGGUCUCGAAUCUUCCCUCUAUUCUUGCUGGCCACGCCACAUCCUUGUUUCAGAUCCCUCCUUAUCCAAGGGUCGAAUUUCCAACAUUUUCCAUCCUGCCUCCACUCAGAAGUCUCAGUGUCCUGGAUAUCGACGAGCUUCCCUAUGCGGAAGAAAUGAGUGUACUGAUUGAAAGGUCAUUAGGCCAGCUACAAGAACUGAGGAUCGGAAUGGCCUCGCAUGCGCAAUUUGAUAUCUGGGCUAGACCUGCCGAAGACAGAGCCCCAGUCUUACCUCCUCUUAUCCCGGGAAUAGGAGAUCAGUCUCCUCGACCAGGAGGUCUCUUAGGAAUUCUCGUACACAGGUUCUGUGAUGCCUUCUCCCACCAGAAAGUAAACCAGCCCCCACUAGCCGAGCAGCAAGAUCCUUCUGGUGAUGAGACCGUGGAGGAUGUACAAAUGGAGGAGAAGGGGGAGGAUGCCGAGAACACCAUUAGUGCAUCUGAAAUCAACCAGCUGGGGGUUCUUCUAUCCACCCACAAUAUUCAAGAUGAGGAUUCUUCCGUUGUUCCCAUCGCAGUAUCCAAGAGGACCACAUAUAAUCAGCUCCCUACAUCUACUCCAGUCCAGAAUCUACCCCAAAUGGCGGGCGAUCCGUUCCACAACUCAGCCAAAGAUGAGAGUAGUGGCGCACGAAAACUGCAAUUGGAAACUCUCGAUGUCGAGCGUGUUUAUCUGUCCAUUGCUGUCAUGUCCAAGGCUCUUGACUGGUCCAGAUUGCAGACCCUCACCCUACUCGGUUGUCGAAAUCACGAACAAUUGUGGAAAGCCUUGCGUAAACGUUUCACACCAACCAGCCGCCGAAGAGUUUCUACAACACCCUUCAGAAUAUCUGUAAGUAGCGGUUCAAGUCUACCACCAAGAUCGCAAACUAGCACAUCCGUCUCAAAUUCUACAUCAGAAUACGAUUACCCCCUGAGCUUGAAAAGGUUGCACACCGACACAGUUUCACCAUCUCUUGUCGCGUUCAUCAAGGACACGUUAGCACCUGAUAGUCUUGAGUGGCUCUUCCUCCAGGAGAAUACCGCAUACAAGUCACCAGUCUCUAUUGAGACGAUAUACCGUGGUGCAAUCCGGCGUCAUCGGUUCAGUCUAACUAAAUUACUCAUCGAUAGCACCCUACGAAGCGAAGAUCCUGAGACACCAGACACCAACUGGCGUCGAUGGGUGUUUAGUCGUGAGCUCAUCACUUGCAUCACGAGUGGCAAAAUGAAACUGAGGGAACUCAGCAUGUCAAUUGAUUACAAAGAUUGGCACUAUUUUCUGCGAAGAUUGCCUAAUGCCAUUACUUUGAGGUCAUUGCACAUUCCUCAUAUAGCGGAACACGUCAAUGGAAAUGUGCAUUCACGCGAAGCAGCUUUACAAGUACUUGACAUUGUCGCCCUGAGACCUGAGCUUGAGCUGUGCUAUCUUGGUAUCCAGCAUCAGUGUUUCGAGAUUCUUGAAUAUGCGAAUACUCGAAAUAGCCCCAGCAUCGGGCAGUCUAGGAACAGCGGUGGCGGUAACUCCGGUGACGACGUUGAAACAGACCAUGAGACUGCAGGUCCUGUUCACCCUAAUUCUGCGCAUCACCCUCACCCUCACCCUCACAUCCAUGCGAAUGCACAGCAUGAUUCUCACGACGACGAUGAUGGAGGGAAUAUGAACGAUUCAAGUGAUUUCGAGGGUGUGUCCGACUCGGGAGAUGCAAUGAGCGACGAAGACGAUGCGGAAGGAAUAAGUCCCAAUAAUAACAAACCGACUUGGAGGUUGAGAGAGAUCUUGUUCUAUGAUGAUAAAAUAUCCAUAUUUAAAGCUAGGCAUGGUAGGCUGUAA